AUGCGGGUCGACAUUGUCGACGGUAUGGCCGGUGUGCUCCCUGUCACCGUCCUCCUCCUCCUCCUCCUCCUCCUUUUCCUCCUCCUCCUCCUUUUCCUCCUCCUCCUCCUUUUCCUCCUCCUCCUCCUCCUGGUGCUUGGUCUCCUCUCUUUAACCACAUUGGCAUUUCCUACGAACGGGUCGACUCUCUUGGGAAUAUUGGGAAAACAGCUGUCCUGCGAAAUUUCACGUGACCACCAUCCGGAGCGUGUCAAGACGACUUCAAGGCACCCGCAGGGAGCAACAUCAACCGUGUUCGCGACUGCAGCAGCUUCUGUCAAAUCAAAACGACCUUCUCGAACGCACAAGAGCAGCCCUUUAUUCGAGCCCUGGGUUGUCAAGGGCCUCAGUCUUGCACCUUGUUUGAAUCCAUACAUGAUAUACCAAGGAUACAACAUCAAGGAUACAACAUCAAGGAUACAACAUCAAGGAUACAACAUCAAGGAUACAACAUCAAACUCAUUCAGUGUGGGCAUGAAGAAGAUCAUCGGCAUCGGCAUCAAUGGCGGCUACCACUGGAAAGGCGGUACCAGCCAGGGGUUCGAGGCGUCUGUACUUUAUCUAUCCCUGAAGUCAUCAAAUGAAACUUGGCGCAAACAAAUGCAAAGUAUGAGCGGCGGCGGCUCUUUCUUGCCCAUCAGAAAGUUACCAACCUAUUUUCACCAUGCUCCAGGUGUUCGAGAGUAUCUUCUUUACAUUGUUGUAUUGGGUGUGUAA